AUGUCUCAAGGUACUUUAUACGUUACUAAGCAAGCCCGUGGUAUUGCCGCUGAAGCCAUUGCCAAGCACUUCAAGUUGGAUGUUUCCAUUGAAGGUAAGGAUGCUAAGGCUUACCAAACUGCUUUUCCAUUGAACAAGAUCCCAGCUUUCAUUGGUCCAAAGGGUUUCAAGUUGUCCGAAUCUAUCGCUGUUGCUAUUUACUUGGUCAACCUCGGUGACUCUUCUUCUAAGCUUCUUGGUAAGAACGCUCAAGAAUACGCCCAAGUUCUUAAGUGGAUGUCUCUUGCCAACUCUGAAGUUAUCACUAACGGUGCCUCUGCUUUCAAGCCUCUUAACGGUGAUGCUCCAUACAACAAGAGAGCUGUUGAUGAUGCUCUUAAGGCUCUUGAAACCGUUGUUGCUAUUUUCGAAGAACGUCUUCUUAACUUCACCUUCCUUGUUGGUGAAAGACUUACCCUUGCUGAUGUUUACGCUGCUUCUCUUUUCGUUAGAUGUUUCGACUUCCUUUUCGGUAAGGAAUGGAGAGCUGCUCACCCUAACGUUACCAGAUGGUUCAAGACUUUGAUUGCUCACCCAAUCUUGCACGCUAUCAUUGGUGAAUACAAGUUCAGAGACACUCCAGUUGAAUUCGUUCCUCCAAAGAAGGAAAAGAAGGCUGCUCCAAAGAAGGAAGCCGCUCCAAAGAAGGAAGCUGCUCCAAAGGCUGCUGAAGAAGCUGAACCAGCUCCAGCUCCAAAGCCAAAGCAUCCAUUGGAAGCUCUUGGUAAGCCAAAGCAAGCUCUUGACGAGUGGAAGAGAGUAUACUCUAACGAAGAAACCAGAGAAACUGCUAUUCCAUGGUUCUGGAAGAACAUGUACGACCCAUCUGAAUGGUCUCUUUGGAAGGUUGACUACAAGUACAACGAUGAAUUAACCAUGACUUUCAUGUCCAACAACUUGGUUGGUGGUUUCUUCAACCGUUUGUCUGCUUCCGUUAAGUACAUGUUCGGUUGUAUGGUUGUUUUCGGUGAAAACAACAACAACGGUAUCACCGGUUUCUUCCUCGUUAGAGGUCAAGAACACGAACCAGCUUUCGAUGUUGCUCCAGAUUGGGAAUCUUACUCUUUCAAGAAGUUGGAAGACACCCCAGAAACCCGUGAAUUCGUUGACAACAUGUUGGCUUGGGACAAACCAGUUGUUUACAACGGUGAAAACAGAGAAAUUGCUGACGGUAAGGUUUUGAAAUAGGCUAUUUAACAACAUGUUAAGGACUUUAUGAAUAUAAACAUUUCUAUA